AUGGUGAACUUCACGGUCGACGAGGUCCGGGCCCUCAUGGACAAGCCCACCAAUGUCCGAAACAUGUCCGUCAUUGCCCACGUCGACCACGGCAAGUCGACUCUGACCGACUCCCUGCUGUCCAAGGCCGGUAUUAUCUCCUCCGCCAAGGCUGGUGAGGCCCGUGCCACCGAUACUCGUGCCGAUGAGCAGGAGCGUGGUAUUACCAUCAAGUCCACCGCUAUCUCUCUGUACGGUCAUCUUGAUGACCCCGAGGAUAUCAAGGAUAUCGUUGGCCAGAAGACCGAUGGUCAGGACUUCUUGAUCAACCUGAUUGACUCCCCCGGUCACGUUGAUUUCUCCUCUGAGGUUACUGCUGCUCUCCGUGUCACUGACGGUGCCCUCGUCGUCGUCGACACUGUCGAAGGUGUAUGCGUUCAGACCGAGACUGUGCUCCGUCAGGCCCUUGGUGAGCGUAUCAAGCCCGUUAUCAUCAUCAACAAGGUCGACCGUGCUCUUCUCGAGCUUCAGGUCUCCAAGGAGGAUCUUUACCAGUCCUUCUCCCGUACCAUCGAGUCCGUUAACGUCAUCAUCUCCACCUACUUUGACAAGACUCUCGGUGAUGUCCAGGUCUACCCCUACAAGGGUACCGUUGCCUUCGGUUCCGGUCUCCACGGCUGGGCCUUCACUAUCCGCCAGUUCGCUGUCCGUUACGCCAAGAAGUUCGGUGUUGACAAGGGCAAGAUGAUGGAGCGUCUCUGGGGCGACAACUACUUCAACCCCCACACCAAGAAGUGGUCCAAGUCUGGUACCCACGAGGGCAAGCAGCUUGAGCGUGCUUUCAACCAGUUCAUCCUGGACCCCAUCUUCAAGAUCUUCUCCGCCGUCAUGAACUUCAAGAACGACGAGAUCACCACUCUUCUGGACAAGCUCCAGCUCAAGAUCUCUGCCGAUGACCGCCAGAAGGAGGGCAAGCAGCUGCUCAAGGUUGUCAUGCGCACUUUCCUCCCCGCUGCCGACGCCCUUCUGGAGAUGAUGAUUCUCCACCUUCCUUCUCCCGUCACUGCCCAGAAGUACCGUGCUGAGACUCUGUACGAGGGUCCUCUUGACGACGAGGCCGCCAUUGGUAUCCGUGACUGCAACCCCAAGGGUCCCCUCAUGCUUUACGUCUCCAAGAUGGUGCCCACUUCCGAUAAGGGUCGAUUCUACGCCUUCGGUCGUGUCUUCUCCGGUACCGUCCGCUCCGGUCUCAAGGUCCGCAUCCAGGGUCCCAACUACACCCCUGGCAAGAAGGAUGAUCUCUUCAUCAAGGCUAUUCAGCGUACCGUCCUGAUGAUGGGUGGCAAGGUCGACCCCAUUGACGACAUGCCCGCCGGAAACAUUGUCGGUCUCGUCGGUAUCGACCAGUUCCUGCUUAAGUCUGGUACUCUUACCACCUCUGAGACUGCCCACAACCUCAAGGUCAUGAAGUUCUCCGUCUCCCCCGUCGUGCAGCGCUCCGUCCAGGUUAAGAACGCCCAGGAUCUUCCCAAGCUGGUCGAAGGUCUCAAGCGUCUCUCCAAGUCCGACCCUUGCGUCCUUACCUACACCUCUGAGUCCGGUGAGCACGUCGUUGCUGGUGCCGGUGAGUUGCAUCUCGAGAUUUGCUUGAAGGAUCUUGAGGAGGACCACGCCGGUAUCCCUCUGAUUAUCUCCGACCCCGUCGUCCAGUACCGUGAGACUGUCCAGGGCAAGUCGAGCAUCACUGCUCUCUCCAAGUCCCCCAACAAGCACAACCGUCUGUACAUGGUUGCUGAGCCUAUUGAGGAGGAGCUCUCUCUCGCCAUCGAGGCUGGCAAGGUUUCCGCCCGUGACGAUUUCAAGGCCCGUGCCCGUGUCCUCGCUGACGACUUCGGCUGGGAUGUCACUGACGCCCGUAAGAUCUGGACUUUCGGUCCUGAUGGCACUGGCGCCAACUUGCUGGUUGACCAGACCAAGGCCGUCCAGUACCUCAACGAAAUCAAGGAUUCCGUCGUCUCCGGUUUCCAGUGGGCUACCCGUGAAGGUCCCGUUGCUGAGGAGCCCAUGCGCUCUACCCGCUUCAACAUCCUUGAUGUGACCCUGCACGCUGAUGCUAUCCACCGUGGUGGUGGCCAGAUCAUCCCCACUGCUCGUCGUGUCCUGUACGCCGCUGCCCUUCUGGCCGAGCCUGCUCUGCUCGAGCCCGUCUACCUGGUCGAGAUUCAGGUACCCGAGAACGCCAUGGGUGGUGUCUACGGUGUCCUUACCCGCAGACGUGGUCACGUCUUCAACGAGGAGCAGCGCCCUGGUACUCCCCUCUUCAACAUCAAGGCCUACCUCCCCGUCCUGGAGUCCUUCGGUUUCAACGGAGAUCUCCGUGCCGCCACCUCCGGCCAGGCCUUCCCCCAGUCCGUGUUCGACCACUGGCAGGUUCUGCCCGGUGGCUCUCCUCUCGACUCCAGCUCAAAGGUCGGAGCCAUUGUCACUGAGAUGCGUAAGCGCAAGGGUAUCAAGGCUGAGGUGCCCGGUGUUGAGAACUACUACGACAAGUUGUAA